AUGCUGGAACUGUGUCUCCUCGGACUGUACAUCCAGAGAGCCUGGCGCCAGUUUGCAAAGAAUAAGAGGCAGUUGGACGGCUACGUAACGAAACAAUGGGAAAUCGAGCCGGCAUUCCUUGCGAUAAAACAGAAAAUCGGACGCGGCGCUUUUGCCAACGUACAUCAUGGGACAGCUGAAAUCGCAGAAACGGCUGAACGUCCCGAUCAUGAUGCCCGGGGAUAUUGCAACCCUGAUGUA